AUGCCUCCGCAACCGAGUGGUAAAGCCGUGAAGAAGGCGGGAAAGGCUCAGAAGGCCGUCCGCGCCGGCGAUAAGAAGAAGCACCGGAAGAAGAGGAAGGAGUCCUUCUCCAUCUAUAUCUACAAAGUGCUGAAACAGGUCCACCCGGACACCGGCAUCUCAUCCAAAGCGAUGUCAAUCAUGAACUCCUUCGUGAACGACAUCUUCGAGCGCAUCGCCGCCGAGGCCUCCCGUUUGGCGCACUAUAACAAGCGCUCGACUAUCACUUCCCGGGAGAUCCAGACCGCCGUCCGUCUCCUCCUUCCCGGAGAACUCGCCAAACAUGCCGUCUCUGAGGGCACCAAAGCUGUCACCAAAUAUACCUCAAGCAAGUAG